AUGACUGAAGCAAUAGGAACGCGGGAGCAGGUGUGUGAGGCGGACCUGAUGAAGUUUCUUGUUCUGGGGACGAUAAUGGAGCCUGUAGUGGAGACGAUGGAGAAGUCCAACUGCCUGACUUUCCUGAUUUCUGCCUUUUGGCGGGAGGCGAUGAUGGAGGUGUGUUCGAAGGUGGAGGCGGUGAUGGUGACAGGGGAGGUGAAGAGUGCGGGAGAAUGGGGAAAUCCGAACUUGGUGGCGAGGAUCCUGGAUUGGGAGGCGAUCCGAAAAUUAGAGAAUCGGGUGAUCAUUCGAGGAUCAAAUCGAAGUGAAUCCAGCGGUAAUGCCAUGAAUGAAUCCAGCGAUCAUGCCAUGAACGAAUCCACCGGAGGAAGCGCCCUGGAUUCAGCCGUGACUCCCGCUGGGCCCAUCUACACCGAGGAGAACGGACCCUGGAAUGACGUCACCUGGAUCCUCACCAGUGCCUUCCUCAUUUUCACCAUGCAGUCGGGCUACGGUCUGGUGGAAUCAGGCGUCGUAUCCCGCAAGAACGAGAUCAACAUCCAAGUGAAGAACGGGGCGAAUUUGGCCCUGGGAGGAGUGAGUUAUUGGAUGUUCGGCUACGCGCUGAGCUUUGGGACGGCCGCGGGCUCCAAUCCCUUCGCGACGUGGGGGAAGAUGGGCGACUUCUUCGUCAACGCGGAAUCGUCUGCUACCGGCUUCGUCUAUUCCAGGUUUCUUCUUUUUUUGGAACGUCUUCGUGUCGCGAGUGCGAUGGCAGAACGUUGCAAGUUCAGCGCUUACUGUUUAUUUUCGUUCUUCAACGUGCUCGUCUAUUGCAUUCCCGCCGGCUGGGUGUGGGGAGAGGAAGGGUUCCUCAACACCCUCGGCGUCGUGGAUAUCGGAGGAUCCGGCGCCGUGCACCUUAGCGGAGCAGUGCGUCCCUUGCCCCUUCCUCGGAUGAAACGAAUACGAAGUCACGCCCAAUUCUCGUGCUCACAGAUCGCCGGUAUGGUGGGGACGUGGAUGCUCGGACCGCGGAUCGGAAGGUACGAGCACGGCUACGGGCCUUUGCCGAUGGGGAACCCCACCAAUACUCUCAUGGGUCUCUUCAUGCUGUGGUGGGGGUGGCUGGGGUUCAACGCCGGCAGCACGUUUGGCAUCUCCGGGAACAAAUGGAAAUACGCUUGCAAGUACGCCAACGUCACUCUUCUACUCACCCAUUUGCGAAAGAAAGAGAAACGUCUUCAUCUAAAAAUUUGUUUCAUUCGACGGAAGGGAAUGUAUGACAUCUACGACUUGGUGGACGGAAUAUUGGCGUCGUUGGUGUCGAUAUCGGCGGCUAGUCCUUUGGUCCAUCCGUGGGAAGCAAUCCUGAUCGGGGGAAUGGGAACGACCCUCACGCUUUUCGCCGUUCCUCUCAUCGACCGACUGAGAUUGGACGAUCCCGUCCAUUGCGUUGCAGUCCACGGCGUCGCCGGGAUCUGGGGUCUCAUCGUGGCGGGACUCUUCCCGGAGAGAGACAAGUUGGUGGGAUACACGAAGGGGAGAGCAGGUCUCUUUCGCAGCGGCGAUUUUACUCUAUUGGGUCUCCAACUCCUGGCAGUUGUAUCCAUCAUCGCCUGGAGUGCGAUCUCAUCCAUCAUCCUCCUUAUCAUAAUCGACAAGACAGUGGGGCUCCGAGCCUCGACGGCAGACGAGCUCGUCGGACCCGACUACACCGAUCACAUGAUUCGGCACGAAGGCAACGAGGAUUUCAUCGCCUGGCACGAUCAGUAUACCAAGGAUAUGAAACUGAGGCGAGAAAGCCUGCGACCGAAACAGACAAACGUGACUGCGUCUGCUUCCUGGAGAAGGUUCCUUCGCUGAUCAGCUUUCGUCCCUUUUCUUCCUCGCCGUUUCCCUCUUUUCCCCCUUGUCUCUUUUCCCCUUUCGCCCCUUUCCGCCUCGCCAUAGCCGAUGUCAUCACUCC